GGCGUACUUAUUAGAGUGAGGAAGAACCACUCAGAGAAAAAGAACGCUUAUGUUUAUUGCCAAUAACUUUGAUUCAGAAAUGGCCGAGAGUAAAGAGAACAGCGACGACCUGCCCAAGGUGAAGCUCCCUCCCAUCAAACUGCCGGGCCAGAGACAGGAGAUGAGCAAGGAGGAGCGACUAAAGGCCAGACUCUACUCCUACGCGCCCCUCAAGGCUCCGGUCAACCCGCGCGCCCUCAAGUUCAAGGGCGUGACCCAGUGCCAGGCCCGGAGACGAGGACGUGGCCCAGGCUGACAAGACAGAGGUCAUCAAAGGUCGAGGUCGGAGUAAGAUGGGCAAAGUUCACGCCCCUGAGGCCACGCCGGGCAGUGACUGCAGCAUUAAGUGGUGGUAGAGUUCAAGGACGUUCUGGCCAAAGACUACGUGACCAUCAGCUACGUGUGUGCCACCAGGCUGCGGGAGGGCAUGAGGAUGGAGCACAUGACGCUGGACCAGUGGACCAGGGAGGUGGAAUACUUCAGGACGCUGCACCAGACGCUGAGGCCGGCCAUCUUGAACGUUGUCCAGCUGUGUCUGGCCACCAAGGAGAUGGAACUGUUUGUCAUCAACGAGCAAAAGCCGCACAGCCUGGAGAAGUUCCAGACCUGUCUGUACGACAACCUCGACUUGGUGAGCACCAAGCUGGAAGCGUUCCGUCAUCUGGUGGGAGAGACAGCUCACUCGGCGUGUUCCACGUGCCUCAUAGAGGCCGGCUUUAUCCCGGACGACGAGUCCUUGCUGCUGACGACUACCUGCCCUACAUCCCUAUGCUGACCACAGAGCUGUCAAUGAGCACGGACGAGAUCAUCUUUUGGCCGGACCAGAACUGCUUUAUCAAAGCGGUUCUCGCGCUGGUCAGUGACUGGCAGACGAUGGUCAAAACAGUGGACAACCUCACCCCGGACUCUAUGUUUGACGCCUUCACCAGCCCAAUCAUCAACAACAAACAGGAAGAGAAGACGUGCGGUGACGGGCCCAGCCUCCGGGUGGUUCUCAACAACGACGAGCGGCUACAGACGGAGAUCAGUGACGUCACGGUGAAUAUAGACAAGGCGUUCGACCUAGCGUUGUGUUACUCCGCCACCCUGGACAAGCAUCGGGUUUUCUACGCCAAAGACAUCUUCUUUGAAAUCACAGAGCUUCGAGACCCCAAAAAUCCCAUUACCCAAGAAGAUCCGACGUUCUUCAUAGAGCUGCUGUACAAACUACACCAGGAGUACCGUAUGGCGAUCAGUAUACCAGACCGGUUCCCCGUCGGGGUGCUGCUCAUAGACGCUGUCAACAUGAAGGCUCAGCUCAUCCCAGCUCCCAUCCGGUGUCUCAAGCAAAUCCACGACCUCCUCCCUGUGAUCGCCCGUCGUGGCAUGGACAAAGUCCUAGCGGUGAUCCAGGACGCCCAGACCCGCCUCGAGUACCAGCCGACCUCCACCAACGAGUACGUAACCUCGCUACGGUUCCUCGACGACUUCCAAGUGGUGAUUGAAAGUUUCGAGCUGAAAGCUAUCGUGAUCAAAGACAUCUACAAAAUGAUGAACAAGUUUCAAGUGGGCGUACACCCUGAGGACACGAUGGUGUUUCAAUCUCUCGAGCCCAGCAUCUACAAUGCCAAGAACACCAUAGACCGUUGCCUCUCAGCUAGGGACUCGGUCAUAGAGAAGUUCAACAGGUGCGCCGAUAAAGACAUCACCGAAUACUUCGCCGAGGUCAAGGCCGUCGUGGAAAAGAUGCAGAACCCGAUGUUGCUGGACCCCGGCUCUGACAAGAAGAAUGUCCGGGAGUACCUGGACGACCUGCUAGACACCAUGCAGGAGAUUCAGAACAAGGCCAAGAUACUGCGGGACCAGCAGAAGGAGCUCAAGGUGGAGGUGACCAAGUUUGAGUACCUGGAGGACUCCUACUCUGAACUCAAGCUCCGGGACACUCUGUGGUCGUCUAUUGACGAGUUUGACAGCAUCGUGCAUGACUGGAUGGAGAUGCCGUUUGAGAACAUAGACCCAGAAGAGGUUACCAUGACGACGCUCAAGUUUCUGAAGACGGCCAUGACCUUGGAGAAAGGACUUCCUCCCAACGCAGUGGUCAACAUGCUCAAGACUAAAGUGGACGCCAUGAAGGACCGGGACCUCAUCCAAGACGUGCUCAACUACACGUUUGACCCCAAGAAGGAGGUGCUCAACCUGAGACUGCUGGUGGAGAUCAAAGCUUUCGACAAGGCCGAGGAGAUGCAGGAGAUCUCGGGCAUGGCUUCCUCGCAGGCCGCCCUAGAGGCCAUACUGAAAAAGAUAGAGGACUCGUGGCGGUCCGUAGAGUUCCAGGUGCUCCACUUCAAGGACUCCAAGGACGUGUUCAUCCUGGGCAACACGGACGACAUCCAGCAGCUGGUGGACGACAGCAGCAUCAACGUGCAGACCAUCCUCUCCUCCAGGCACGUGGGCCCCAUCAAGGCCAAGGUCGACGAGUGGGGGGACAACCUGGCGCUCUUCAACAAGACUCUGGGCCUCAAAGCCCGCGGGAACGUGGAGGACUGGCUGGGCAAGGUGGAGGAGGCCAUGUUUGGCAGUCUGCGGAGACUGUGCAAGAAGGCCAUCAAAGACUUUCAGGACAUGAAACUUGUUCAGUGGAUUCUGGCAAACGCGUCACAGGUGGUUCUGACAAUCAGUCAAAUGAUGUGGACGACAGAUGUGACCAAGAUACUGUCAGAGAAAAAAACAGCUGCUGCUGGGAUGAGGAGCUUUGAACAAAAAAGCGUUACUACCACCAAGGACCUGGCCAAAGCGCUGGCCAAACAGUGUGUGGUCUUCAACUGUUCGGAUGGACUGGACUACAAGAUGAUGGGCGGGUUUUUCUCUGGACUGGCCCAGUCGGGCGCGUGGUGUUGUUUUGACGAGUUCAACAGGAUCAACAUUGAGGUGCUCUCUGUCAUCGCUCAACAGCUCAUCACCAUACGGAACGCCAAAGCUCAGAAGCUGUCACGGUUCAUGUUCGAGGGUCGUGAGAUCAAGCUAGUGUCCACCUGUGCAGCCUUCAUCACCAUGAACCCUGGCUACGCCGGCCGCACCGAGCUGCCGGACAACCUACAGGCGCUGUUCAGACCCAUCUCCAUGAUGGUGCCAGACUACGGCCUGAUCGCUGAAGUGAUUCUCUACUCUGAGGGAUUCGAGUCGUCUAAAACCCUGGCCAAGAAAAUGGUUCAGAUGUACAAACUGUGCAGUGAGCAACUCUCCCAGCAAGAUCACUACGACUUUGGCAUGAGAGCCGUGAAGUCGGUGCUGGUGAUGGCGGGCUCCCUCAAGCGACAAAACCCGGACAAAUCGGAGGACGUGGUGCUGAUCAGGGCGCUAAGGGACAGCAACCUGCCCAAGUUCCUCACUAACGACGCCAGACUCUUCCAGGUGUGUGAGAGAGAGAGAGAGAGAGAGAGACCAUCCCAAUGUGCUCAUCUUUUAUCCACACAUGUAUUCAUUUCGUUUCUUUCCCUCCCCACGGAUCAGUCUGUGGUCGCCCGAGACCUCCUGGACCGUAUCUCUGAGCGCCUCAACUAUGUGCCUAUCUACAUCAAUUUCUCGGCGCAGACCAGCAGCAACAGGACGCAGGAGAUGAUUGAAGGGAAGCUGGAAAAACGACGGAAGAAUAUCAUUGGAGCUCCAAAGGGAAAGAGGGUGAUUAUUUUCAUCGACGACCUGAACAUGCCAAAACUGGACACCUACGGCUCCCAGCCGCCCAUAGAACUGUUACGUCAAUACCUGGACUUUGGCGGUCUCUACGACAGAGAGUUCAUGACCUGGAAAGACAUCCAGGAUGUGACGUUGUCCGCGGCGUGUUCCCCGCCGGGAGGGGGGCGUAACCCCGUGUCUGCCCGGCUGUUCCGUCACUUCAGCAUGCUGUGCAUCCCGCCGCCCACGGAACAGAGCCUCAAGCUUAUGUUUAUUGCAAUUAUCGGCGGUUUCUUCCUGGACUUCCCGCGAAACAUUCGCACCCUGGCCGAGCCACUGGUCAACGCCUCCGUGGAGCUGUACUUCCGGCUGAGCACUGACCUCCUGCCCACUCCGGCCAAGUCCCACUAUGUCUUCAACCUGAGAGAUCUGUCCAAAGUCGUGCAAGGCGUUCUUCAGGCAGACUCGGGCAUCUACAGAGACAAGAAGAGCAUCAUUCGCCUGUACAUCCACGAGACACAGCGAGUCUUUCAUGACAGGCUCAUCAACAACGAGGACAAACUCUUCUUUCACUCCAUCAUGGCUGAGAUGGUCUCCAAGCACCUCGGCGAGUCUUUCGAGCCCAGCUCUUUCGUGACGUCACCAAUCCUGUUCGGGAAUUUCCUGAAGCAAGACGCGGAGCCGGAAGACAGAUACUAUGAGGAGUUUACAGACAUGGCAAAGUUGAAGAACGUGCUAGGAGAUACUGUCGGCCCACAUAUGCAGCUACCAGUGUUUCCAGAUUGAGCUGAGCCGGGGCUACGACUACAGCUCCUUCCACGACGACCUGAAGAAACUCUACGACUCGGCCGGCGGCAGGAACGAGCAGACGGUGUUUCUCUUCACGGACACACAGAUCGUGGUGGAGGAGUUUCUGGAGGACAUCAACAACAUCCUCAACUCGGGCGAGGUCCCCAACCUGUUUGAGCCGGACGAGUACGAGAAGCUCAUCAUAGCGUGCAGGCCGGGGGCGAAGGAAGUGGGCAUUCCCGAGGGCAACAGAGACGCCAUCUACGACUUCUGUAUACAGAGGGUCCGAAACAAUUUACACAUCGUGCUGUGCAUGUCGCCGGUGGGUUCUGCGUUCCGUUCCCGGUGCCGAAUGUUCCCGUCCCUGGUCAACUGCUGCACCAUAGACUGGUACAUCGAGUGGCCCCGGGAGGCGCUGCUGGGAGUGGCACAGACCUUCUUCAAACCCGUCGACCUGGGUUGUUCGGACGAGGUCAAGAACGGACUGGGCCAGCUGUAAAGGCAUGCUGGGAGACAGUAACUUCCUCAAGCGGCUCGCCGAGUACGACAAGGACAACAUCCCGGAGGCCAAACUGAAGAAGCUCAAGAAGUACAUCGCUAACCCAAAAUUUCACCCGGAGGUCGUGGAGAAAGUAUCAAAGGCGUGUAAAUCCAUGGUCAUGUGGGUUCGUGCGAUGGAUCUCUACUCGGCUGUCUUUAAGACUGUGGAACCAAAGAGAAUCAAGUCGGUGGCAGAGCGAGGAUCUGUCAUGUACUUUGUGGUGUCUGACAUGGGAGAAGUGGACCCCAUGUACCAGUUCUCGCUCAAGUACUUUAAACAGCUGUUCAACAAGACGAUCGAGAACAGCGAGAAGUCGGAGGACCUGCCCACGAGACUUCAGACCUGUCUGGACGAGACUACCAUCUGUAUCUACGAGAACGUCCAAGCCAACCCCACGGACGUGAGCUACCCUCACCCCGAGCCGCCCACAUACACGCCGGGACAGACCAGCUCUGCGGACGAGGUCAACGGGAACUGGGACCUGCGGCUCGGGGACUUUGAGAAACUCAUGUUUGUGAAGAUAUUUAAGGAAGAGAAGACAACAUUCGCAGUGACAGAGUUUGUGUCUGUGAAGCUAUUUUCUCAAGGUACCUGUCUCUGUGGUGUAGCAGUUAUGCUCCUCGUCGUUUUGGCACGCUGGAGACCAGAGUUUGAUUCUCAAAACUGCCACCUGGCGGCCUCCUGGAUGUUGAAGAUGGAGAACCUGGUGAAAAACCUCCAGGAGCACCCGUCCCACAUCGACGACAACUUCCGGCUGUUCCUCUCUUCCAUGCCCGCCAAACACUUCCCCGUCAGCGUCCUGCAGAACAGUGUCAAGGUCACCAACGAACCUCCGAAAGGAAUCCGAGCCAAUCUGCGAAGGGCGUUUUCAGAAAUGACGCCCGCCUUCUUCGAAACACAUUCCCUGGGGCAGGAUUGGCGCCGGAUCAUUUUCGGCAUCUGUUUCUUCCACGCGGUCAUUCUGGAGAGGAAAAAGUUCGGCCCUCUAGGAUGGAACAUCACAUACGCGUUCAGCGACAGUGACCGAGAGUGCGCCCUGCUCAACCUGGAGAUGUUCUGUAAGGAGGGACGCAUUCCUUGGGACACCUUGAUCUACAUCACAGGCGAGGUGGGUGGUGCUGGUUCUGCGUCAGUACGAGUGAACGCUCUAGGCUUGUUGAGUGAGGUUGCUGAAAGCAUAUACUACGCCCCUCACUCCAAGACCUUACAGCAGUGCCUCAAGUAUAUCGAGACGCUCCCAAUCAUCGAUGAACCGGAGAUCUUUGGCAUGCACGAGAACGCCAACAUUGCCUUUCAGAUGAACGAGACACACGCCUUGUUGAACACGAUUCUGGAGGUCCAGCCCCGGAUGUCCACGGGGGAAGGGGGCGUGUCUAACGACGAGAUCGCCUACGACCAGGCGGAAGACAUUCUGGGCCGAGUGGUGGAGAAGCUGGACAUAGAGGAGGCCAGUGAGGCCAUGUUUGUGAUCACUGGAGCAACUGAAGAAAGCCAUCAAAGGUUUUGUGGUCAUGAGUGAAGAACUGGAGAUGAUAUACAUCGCCUUUCUCAACAAUCAGGUGCCCAAAAUGUGGGAGGCGGCCGCAUACCCGUCCCUCAAACCGCUGGCCUCGUGGGUGAAAGAUCUGAUCCUGAGAUGCGCCUUCGUCCACAGCUGGAUACUGUUUGGUCCGCCAAAGUCCUUCUGGCUCUCGGGCUUUUUCUUCCCACAAGGUCAUAUGAGCGCCAACCUCAAGCUGAAGUCCCCAGAAGACGGAGUCCUGGUGCACGGACUGUUCAUGGACGGGUUCGCCUGGGACUGGGACAACAUGGAGUGUGCGGACGCCGUCAAAGGACAGAUGAACUCCAGUUUGCCCGUGAUGCAGAUGGACCCCCAGAUGGACUAUGAGCCAGAGGAUACUCUCUACUCUGCUCCGCUCUACAAGACUGGGGCACGGGCUGGUGUUCUGUCUACCACUGGUACGUUGUGUGUGUAUGUGUGUGUGUGA